AUGGAUCCUGGAUAUCUGGAUCGCACACCAUCCGUAGACCCGCCUCCAGGGCGAGAGUCUAACUUCACCAAUCCCGAAUCAAGGUCCCACCAGCUAUACAUUCUAAUUGCCGUACUCUCCCCUAUUGUCUUUCUGGUUGGGUCUUUGCGUAUCUACUCCCGUCUAAGGAUAACUCGCUCAUUCGGGGCCGAUGAUUGGAUCUGUAUUGCUGCGACGAUUCUUACCUUGUCUUACUCUGCACUGAUCCUUACACUUCUCUGGAAGCCCGGUGGUGGUAUAUUAGGAAUCCAUUUCUGGGAUGUGCCAAUCUCGCAUUAUAUUGAAUACCAAAAAGGUUCGCUGGCCGACUCCGUUCUCAUUCGCAUUACCAAUACUACGAUUAAGGUCGGUUUCCUAGUGUUUUACCUUCGACUAUUCAACCCCGUGACAUAUGUGAGAUUUAUGGUAUGGAUUGGUAUGGCUGUGGUGAUUACCUUUUGCGUCAUUUUCGUUGUCGUCGACCUUGUGGCAUGCGCCCCCUGGCCAAGUGAGCACGGCGAUUGGAUAGCCCCGUCUCUCAUUGAUCGAUGCACUCGAAUAUCGGUUAAUCUAAUCACCGCCGCCGCUUAUUUCACUGUCAUCACAGACUUCUACGUCUUGCUCAUCCCUCUCCAUCAGAUGCCGAAGCUUGGUCUUUCCCCGAGGAGAAAGUUAGGCGUCAGCAUAAUCUUCCUCACCGGUUUACUUGCUACUGGUGCUGCUUUGGCCAAUCUGAUUAUACGACAAGACAAGAAACUAUUUGAUCGAUCAGAUUUCACUUGGACUAUCGUCCCCGUGUACGCUACCAGUAUCGUUGAGAUCAAUGUUGGUCUCAUUUGCCUUUCGUUGCCAGUCAUCUUUGUUCUAUUCGUAGGCCGUUUCACGAACCUUAGUAAAUCCGUACGUUCCUGGAUUCGGGAAAGGCGCAGCCCUCACCAGAGUUCAAACGAGAGUUCUUCGAAUCUUACGCCCAAUGAAACCGUAGCACCGCAAAUUCCAUCCGUACCGAGUGAUACAAGUUUCUCAGGGAUGCGUAAGUUCAUCCAUAACAUAUAUCGAUCCGGGGCACGAAGCUCAGCGCGCGGGGAAACCACCGUCUCAACCUUUGACGAUCUUACCUCAGUGGAUCUCAAUUAUCACCUCCAGUUGAAAACCAUGAAGUCCAAGGAGACUGAAAAUACCCACGGGACUUGUCAAGCAUGA